AUGGGCUGCAGCACCUCGCACGACGCGUUCACCACCGCCGCCGCAGCAGCCGCGUCGAGGGCGAGGGGGCGGGGGGCGGCGUCUUCGUCGUCGAGGCCGCGACGUGGGGCCGACCCGGCCGCGCUGUGCCGCGAGCGCGCGGCGCUGAUCCGCGCCGCGGCCGACCGGCGGUUCGCGCUGGCGUCGGCGCACGCCGCGUACUUCCGCUCGCUCGCCGCCGUCGGGGACGUGCUCCGGAGGUUCGCGGAGGCCGCGCUCGUGCCGGCCACACCGCCGUCCGGGUCCUCGCCGGUGCUCACCCUCCCGCCGUCUCCGGCGAAGCCGGUCGACGCCUCGGCCACCGCCGCGGGCAGGUCGAGCCUCCCACCCUCGCCGUCUUCGUCCUCCACCGUCUCGCCUCUCUCUCACUCCCUCUCCGACGAGGACCUGGAGGCGCACGGCGACGCCAAACACGCCGCCGCCGGCAGCGGGAAGGCGCCGGCGUCAUCGACGAGGUAUCACCAUCACUACAUGAGGAACUCUCCCACCGUGCCCAACGUGGUGUACGAGGAUCCCAAUACGCAGUAUGCCCAAGGCGAGACCAGCCAUGGCUACGGCUACGGCUACACGUACCCAUACGGGCCCUACGGCGAGGUGGUUGCGGAGGAGAGGCCGGAGACGGCGCCGGCGAGGCCCCCCGGCCCACCGCCGUCGCCGCCAACCGCGGAGGUCUCGGCGUGGGACUUCUUCGACCCCUUCUCGUCCUACGAUCAAUUCCUGGAGGUGGAGGAUUACUCGCGCGGCAAGGGCCACGACGACGGCAGCAUGCCUUCCAACAGCCCGAAUUACUCGGAGCUGAGGCGGAUGGAGGGGAUCCCGGAGCUGGAGGACGAGGCGGAGCUGGAGGCGUCCAAACCAUCGACUUCGGGCGUUGCCGAUCAUGGUGGGAAAGGGAAGAGACCAGUUUCUUCAAAUGUCAGUUCAAAGGGGGAAGCUUCUGAUGGGAAGCUGCAGAGGAAGGGAUCCGGUGGCAAUGGCGAGCCAGAGAAUGCCAGCUCGAAAGCCCAGAAAGGGGACAUCCAUGGUGGGAGCUCCACCGGCAGCAAGAAGAAAGCUAUAGCCUUCGAUGACAAUAAGCACCCAGCUGCUACUGUUCAGAGUGAAGGAGGAAGUGGCAAGUCUGUUCAGUCGACUACUGUGAGCAGCGAAUCAUUCUCGCCGCUUCACCAGGGGAAGAGGGAUGUCAUGGAGGCGAUGGAUGAGAUCAAGGAGCGGUUCGACGAGGCGCUGAAUUGUGGUGCAGAAGUUUCCAGGCUGCUUGAGGUGGGGAAGGUUCCCCACCAUUCUUCCACACCCCGAGUUCUUAGAUAUUUGUCUUCCAGAGUGAUGGAUCCUCUAGCUCUAUCUGUGCCAUCAUCUUCGUGCCUGCCAAGGCCACAUAGAAAGUCAAGAUCAUUGAGCAGAAAGGCCAGCACUUCAUCAAACCCGUCAGUGGCUGGUAGAAGAAACAUUGAUGGAAACCUCUCAUCAACUCUGGAGAGGCUAUGUGCUUGGGAAAAGAAGCUUUACCAGGAGAUUAAGGAUGAAGAGAAGCUGAGGAUUGAAUAUGAGAAGAGGUACAGGAGGUUAAGAUCUCUGGAUGAAGGAGGAUCAGAGUCAAGUACGAUCAACUCCACCCGGUUAUCAGUAAGGAACUUGCAGUCCAGGAUUACCAUCAAUAUUAGAACAGCCAAUGCAUUCUCAUCAAAGAUACAGAAGAUCCGAGAUGAAGAACUAUAUCCUCAACUGGUCGAUCUCAUUCUUGGAUUGAGAAGAAUGUGGAAAUCUGUGCUAUUGUGUCAUGAGAAGCAGCUAUCGGCCAUUCAGGACAGCAAAAUGCACCUGGUAAAGGCAGUGACCAUUAGCCAAUCCAAUUUUGCUGCAGUAGCCACAGUAGAACUAGAGAGGGAGCUCACAAAAUGGUACCGCUGCUUCAACAAGUGGAUCAGCUCACAGAGGUCUUUUGUUGAACUACUGAACGGAUGGCUGAGGAAAUGGCUUCCUGAGGUGCCGGAGGAAAAUACACCGGAUGGCGCCCCGCCUUUCUCCCCAGGCAGGCUUGGUGCGCCGCCUGUAUUCGUUGUAUCAAAUGAUUGGCUCCAAGCGAUUGAUAGGGUUCCCAAAAAUGAAGUGUUGAAGACAAUUGACCAAUUCUCUAAGCUUGUGCAUGAGUUCAAGAAGAGCCAGGAAAAUGAGAACAGGCAGAAACGAAAAGCUGACCAUGCCUCCAGAGAUUACAACAGAAGGCGCGAGGUUCUGCAGAGGGAAUUUGGAUUGGGUACCGGUUUGGAUAUGGUUGCAGUCAUGGAGAACACUGACCACAGCCAUGACAACCGUGUUAUGGAGCUGGAUAAGAUGAGGAAAAAAAGGGAUGAGGAGAAGACCAAGCAUGAGGAGAUUGUAAAACAAGCUCAUCUUGCAGCUUCUGCCACGCUACCAGUCGGUUUGGUCCCCGUGCUGGACCAAAUUGUCAGCUUCUCUCAAGGAAAUGUGCAAAUGUACAAAGGCAUCAGAGUCCAAGGUGCCCAAGCCCACUGACCGCCUAGAAAUGGUGUUGCACAGAAUUGUUUGAUAGGUGACCAGAGGUUAAACAGUUUGUUGCAUGCACAAAGGAGAACUUGUUGGUUGCUGUCUGAACGAGGGACAGUGCUGGAAUUCUUUUUGUAGAGUUAUUGGUUAAUUUGGGGUUUAGGCAUUCAGUUCUUACAAUACUUAACAGUGCAGGUGGUGAUAGAAGGUUAGUGUUAUCCAUAUAUUCUUAUUGAUUUUUGACUCACAUAGGAUGUAAGAUUAUCCAUAGACCAUAGAUUCUUACUGUUGUCUGGCUCGAUGCUUAAUUGCUGAGAGCUGAGCACACGGAGUAGACUAAUGAUGUAUUAUUGAGAAGUUUCAUAUGAUAUUUAUUCUGUACAUAACUAUAAGUGGUUGCGAACUGGAACCGCUGAUGUACUGACUCAUUGCUUAUAUCAUGGUAACUGACUAUAUAAUGUAUCCAUGUUUGCUAAUU